AUGCUGUCCGCCGCUGCCGCCGAGAAGUCGUCGCCGUCAGCCUCCGCCAUUACGGUCGACAUGUCUAGGGGAUACCACAUCGUCAAAAUCAAUUGCUACUCUCUCACCAAGCAGACCCCCACCGGGAAGAGCCUCGAUUCCUCCUGGUUCACCGUGUGUGGCCAUCGCUGGCGCAUCCUCUACUUCCCCAACGGCGACCGCAGCGACAGUGCCGACUACAUAUCCCUUUUCCUCCUACUCGACAACCAAGAUGUCUCCAAGGAAGUGAAGGCGCAGUCCAUCUUCCGUUUCGUCGACACCGUCACCACGGACGAGAAGCACCCUUCUCUCACAUCGUUGGCGGUAAACACCUUCGGUAGCAAGAAUCGUUCUUGGGGAAUCUCCAAGUUCAUCAAAAGGGAGGACCUGCACAGGUCCGAGCACCUCGUAGACGACUCCUUCACCAUCAGGUGUGACAUCGCCGUUAUCAGCGAGAUCCCUGUCGAGGCUCCCAAGUUCGUCUCUGUGCCAUCGUCCGACCUGAACGAACACCUGGGAGAUCUCCUCACCACUGCCAAGGGUGCCGAUGUGGUCUUCGAGGUCGCCGGGGAGACGUUCGCGGCGCACCGCUGGCUGCUCGCGUCCCGGUCUUCGGUUUUCGAUGCGCAACUCUUCGGCUCCAUCAAAGAGAGCGGCACCGCCGACGUCAUACGCGUAGACGACAUGGAGGCGCGGGUGUUCGCAGCUCUGCUACGCUUCGCCUACACUGACUCGUUGUUACCGGAGACGAUAACGCAAGAGGAAGAGGAAGCUGCUGGCAUGUGGCAGCAUCUGCUCGUCGCUGCGGACAGGUACAGCUUUGAGAGGCUAAAACUGGUUUGCCAGGAGAAGCUAUGCAAGCACAUCGAUGUAAGCACCGUAGGGACGAUCCUGGCGCUCUCUGAACAGCACCGCUGUGACGGGUUGAAGAAGGCGUGCUUCCAUUUUCUCAGCUCUCCAACUAAUCUGAUGGCAGCCACGGCCACUGACAGCUUUCAGCAUCUGAGUAGGAGCUGCCCCUCUGUUAUGAUACAGCUGAUUGCCAUGUCCUCACGCAGUCACUCGGCAUAA